CGAAAGAUUGGUAAAAGUACAGCCUAAAGACAAACCACUGUGUUGACUCAAAGCCGGCCUCAUUUACCUGUGAAACGCCGUGCAUCCAACAGCAUGUGCUCUUAUCGUGUGCAUGGAAGGUCACAGUCGACUUGAUGGCGUUGAAUGCACUCAGUUACUACGCGGAUGUCCAGCGUAACCAGCUCUUCUGCUCGCGUCUCAAGCUGGGACUUUCGUCAGUACAAGGCUGGGAAUAUCGAAUUGGCGUGACGGGAUGCAGCAGCAGACUAUUUUCGUCUAGUUUACUGGCAUUCUUCACCCAGCGAAACCUCGUUCGUGCAGGGAAGCACCAGUCUCGAAAUCUCACGAAACAGGAACUAGCGCUAAAGUGGUCCCACCAACUCAUCCCGAGCCGUCCACGAAGCCUCAGCACCCCACUGAUCGAUUUCGCACCACGAUCUCCGUUACUCGAGCUCUUGUCAAACGCUACCAUUCUCACUUCCUUCGUGAUUAUUUUUUUUUCGGGAGCUGGGCGUUUUUGCCUCAUUAACACCCCAUUUUCGUUGGGGUAUACCUCGCUGUUUGUGAAAUGGCGGUGGUUUUGGAGCGAGUGCGAUUGAGUCAAAUCAUCGCACUAGUCGGCUACAGCAUCUUGUGCUCGUUCUGCCUUCUCUUGCUCAUCUAUCUGCGCUUGAACCGCCUUGUCGCCUUCAAAGGAGAUGCACAAGCUACUCGCAAGGUCAUCCUUCCAGCGUUCGAGCCAUUGCUGUGGAUCCUCGCGAUUGUCACUGGAGGCUACUCGAUCUUCUUCUGCAUCGCACUUCACGUCAAGAUGUACACUACCAAGUUCCCGUACCUCGACGGCGAGAUUAUCUACGCCGGUCGACAAUUCGUCUUUGUGCUGGCGCUGGUCUUCCUAUGCCAGAAAAGUGUGUCAGUGCCUGCUCUUCGUCGUGCUGUGGCCAAAUCUGUACUGCUCGCUUCAUACACGAUACCGGUCGUGUGGCUACUUAACCGCUUUGCACCUGAUAAGACGACGGUCUUCUUCUUUGUGAGGCUCUUGUUCCGCCCGACGAUACUGAUUUUCGUGGUCUACUUGUGCUUUAUCAACCCCCCGGCAGGUCGAGCUAGCCCGUUGUCCCUGCGUGUUCACGGCGCGUACAUUACCACAUACCACAUACUGAUGAUCAUCAACAUUCUUAUUCAAAACUACUACCCAGACUCCGCUAGAGCCGCGGCUACAUCUUACAUGGUGCUAAUCUGGGGCUCGUUGAGUCCGCUCUUCAUUUGGAGUUUACUACGUGCAGAUACUGAAUAUUGGAGAGGAAUGGGUCAACGAGCGUGUGCUUUACAGCAAGCAGGUCGCCAAUCCGGACUCGCACAAUUGGAUGAGACUAUCUCGUCCAACAGAAUUCAUCUCCUAAUCGAGAUGCACAAGGAUUUCGUAAUUGACUUCGCGCAUCUCGAAUUAAGACGAAAAAUCGGUGCCGGGUCGAGUGCCGCCGUGUUCAGUGGACGACUGCAACAACGUAAGCCGGUAGCUGUGAAGGUUUACACUCCGUUUCGAUUCACAGAGGAAGUGGUCGCUGAAUUCUCACACGAGGCAGCGCUCUGUGCGUCACUUUCCCAUCCGAACAUCGUCAAGUUCUAUGGGAUGUGUGUAUGCCCUCCUACUAUUUGCCUGGUGUCGGAGCUUUGUCAAGGUUCAUUGGAAGACAUUUUGUACGCCCAAACCAAGUCACGCAGUCGUCGUCGCGUCACACGACACCUUUUUGACCUUAAUGCUGAGUUGGAAGACACAGUGGUUCUUGAUCGACAGCAAAUGCUGCUCAAGAUUGCCUAUAUGCUAGACUGCUCGCGAGCUUUAGCUCACGUCCAUAGCUUCACUCCGCCGUUCUUACACCGUGACAUCAAACCUGCUAACUUCCUUGUGGAUAAGGAAAAUAACGUCAAACUUACAGAUUUUGGCGACUCACGACGUCUACCACGAGAAAUACCGGGCAAAUCUGAUGAACCUCAGACGUCAGUUGGAACUGUAGCGUCCAGUGACUCUCCCGGUCCUAGCAGGAGUAUACCAGCUCCUCCACAGAUCAAAAUGACCGUCACUGGCACUGUGAGUUACAUGGCACCCGAGAUGAUCGGGUGUCGUACAGGUUUAGCGAGCUACGGUGAAGCUGCCGACGUCUACUCCUUAGCCAUCACAUUUUGGGAUAUCUUGUAUCCCGACCGAGAAAAAUACCCCGUCACGAACCCCAUGCUCGUGUUUGAAGGUGUGCUUAAUGGUUGUCGGCCACCGCUUGAAGACAUGGAUCCAAGUAACCCAGACGAGAUUUUUCCUUCUAAACUGCGCGAAAUCAUCACUCGUUCAUGGCACAGAGACCCAAAUGUCCGACCAACUAUGCCACAAGUUGUUCGCACGCUUGAAAGCAUCCAAGAAGAACUGCUAUCAGUGCUCGCUCAAGAUCUAAGUGACGACUUUGAGAGAUCGAGCGUCGGCUGUCGUAUGCUCCCCUCUGAAAAAUGCUUCACGGGUGCGUUUUUGAUCGAGCGGAUGGAAGAUCUGGCGGUCGCGGACUCGAAAGGCGAGGGCUUGCGACUUGGUCGUGCACUGAUGGACGCUGGCUUCUUGCACCAUAUUCGUCAUGAACAAGGAUUCGAGAACAGCGACGCUGUGUACUUUUUCGACGAUGGCAACAUCAACUUCUGCCAGCCGCUGGCUAUGCUCGAAGAAACCACAGGCACCGAGUCAGACGACGAGCCUUUUGUCCAGCAAACCCGAAAGGCUACGACUUUUACAAGUCCCAAGUCCAAGUGCUCCGGACGCUCCGGUUUGUUUUCACAUUUGGCAAGCACAUUUUCUAGCGGCGGUCACCACUCAUCGGGUAGUAGUGGCACUGAAGCAGCAGAAGUCAAUACCUGUGCUUGUCGAUUACGCGGCCAAAGACACAACGUACUGUCGAGAACUGGAAGCGAUAGUCAACACCGACAUCGUCAACGGGCAUGGCGUAAGAGUCCACUCCGACAUCAUUCUACGGGAACUAGUAGUUGUAGCAGCAAUCGAAGCAGUGCGGGCUUCCUGGCUUCUCCUACGAGGUGGAAACGCAAGAAAUCCAAGCACCAGAAAGAAAACUCCCUUACACACAAGCUCCUAGACGAAGCAAAAGAGCACGCGAUCGAUAUUGACGAUGAAGAAGUGAAGGAAUCACCGACACUCGCUCGACCAGCGGCCUGAGCAAUGUAAAGUAUACAGAUUAGAAUGAAGUGAGUUACUAAGUAAAUGAACCUGAUAGCCACUGUUCAGGUGUCCUUAUUUCGAG